ACUCAAAGGAAGGAACAGCGCAUUUCCUGAGCAGCAACGACUGACCAGACCAUAUUGCACUACAAGAAGCUGGAGCCCACGGCAAAGAGUCGUUAGCAAGCUCACCCCUUGGGGCCAUGGAGUCCCUCGAAGAAAUGCAGGCUCGGCAUCGCAAAGAGCAAAAGGAUUUACAGGCGCGCAUAACACAGAAGAAAAAGGGCGCAACAAAAAAGACCAGAAAGGGAGUGAACAGCGAAUGCGAAGAACUGGAGCGACAGUUGAAGGAAAGGCAGGAGCAAGAACGAGCCGGCCUUGACGGAGAACCUGUGCAAGAGGUGGAUGGUGUACCCGCGCUCGAUGAACCCUCGAACGAAGAUCCUGCAAUAGCUAUGCCUAAUGGAGUCGACCAUGUCACAGAGUCGCUUGAGAAAACUACUAUUGAAGCAACACCAUCAGAAAACGGCCAGCCUCGAAAACGCAACCGACAGAAAGAGCGACUUGCCCGCCGCGCAGCAGAACAAGAAGCUGCUGUGGAGGCCGCUAAGAAAGAGGCCGCAAACCAGCCAGAUCGAAAGGCCGUGGAGAGGGAGCUGAUGUUAAAAGAAUUCGAAGCGCGAGGUUUGACAGAGAAGCUUAUUCGACCAGAUGGCCAUUGCCUAUUCUCUGCAGUUGCGGAUCAACUUUCACAAGCAGGCAUACCUCUCGAUACUGAAUCGGGUGCAGAAGUCAGGGAGGACCAGCGGUAUAUUUUGGUUAGAAAGGCAGCUGCGAGGUAUAUUGAGCAACACGCGGAUGACUUUGUGGCCUGGUUGGACGAGCCCCUGGACCAUUACGUGCAUAAGAUUAGGGAUACGGCUGAGUGGGGAGGGCACCUUGAACUACUCGCUAUAGCGAAAACAUACAACGUCGAGAUUGGUGUUCUACAGAAUGGAGGCGCGCAAACAAUCGAGCCAGGAUCAGAUGGGCCGUCAGAGCCGAAGAAGAUCUGGCUGGCAUAUUAUCGACAUGGAUUUGGUUUGGGGGAACAUUACAAUUCACUUCGCAGAGCACCUUAAACCACUUUAAGAGAUGGGAGAGAUGGCAGAGGCAAUCUCGAUAUGAGGUUACUAGCUACUUGGGUGAGACCAUACACUGAUCCAAUCUGUAACCUUCCCAUCAUCGCUGUAACCAAUUUGAUGAGUCCUCUUAGGCUUCAAGUGCGCAAGACGCUGGAGACCUUGUUUGCUCGGUGGGCCCAGCUCUGAUUCCAGGAGCUCGCCGUCCUCGGCAUAUGGUAGAUUCUCACCGGGUCGAGGCAGGUGAGCCAUAUAUAUCUUAGGCGGGAGGGCCCACGGCGGUCCACCAGUUGAAGGCGGCUUAUACGUGGGGAAUUCCAGGCAUACGACUCGUCCUUCCGGCGCAAGAAGCUCCACGAAGCGUUUCGACCACGCAGGCCUCAUCGAAGGUGGAAGCGCGGACAAGAAGGUAUAGUCAUAGAUCAAAUCGAAAGUUGGCUCGCCCU